AUGUCCUCAUCACAACACCGUCGCGCAGACUCGCAAAACAAACUCGAACAAGGUCCCAGAUUUUCGCCGCCACAGUCGCACUCGACAAACACAUCUCCUAUCCGCAAGCCACUUCACGAGCGCUCAAACUCACAGACCAAUCAACACUCCGCUUCAACCAUCCGCAUAGUCCAAGAUCCCGGCCAUGACAUCUAUCAGAAAUAUCCCGUACCCAGCGAACCCUCGCAAAUCCUGCCCCCACCCCGUCAUGCGCCGGGUUAUGGCUUUGAACGGCCAGGAUCUCGCGUUUCAAGUGGCAGCCAGGUCGCCAGUACCAUUGCAAAGUUCGAGGCGAGCCGAGCCCGAACACCACAGCCUAUCCUGUCACGCAAGAAGGGUUUCAGACACUCGGGCUCCACUAGCAUGUCUGAAGAAGACACUCUCAUAGCAUCUUCCUUUACGCCAUCGACUUUAAGAUUUUCCCAGGGGAGCACUGCCCCAUCCUCACCCCCACCCGAAUUAGACGACGAUGCAAAAGGCUUGGAGGUACUUGAAGAAGUCGUGUCCUCACAAUCCCAAAGGCCAACCAUCCGAGCUGUUCCUCCUUCUUCUUCUGGCGGGGAUUCGGACCGUGCAUUAACGCCCAAGGCCUCUGCUGCAUCUUUUGCCUCACCUGUUCCUUCCGCCUCACCACACCCAAAUAGUAAUGUCGGAAACCCGUCAAGUGUCAGUGUCGGUCGACCGUUACCGCAAAUCCCGUCAACCGAUUCCCAAGCUAGGGGGCCUGCUCUCACUAGUGACACUGACUAUCGACAACCUGUAUUGAAUCCUCAGCAAAGUACAGAGUCGUUCACGUUUUCUGAUAUUUCCUACACCAGCAUCGAACCAACACAUACACUAGCCUCGUCACAACCAUCGCCAUCUCUUCAUGAAGCAAGCACAGCAUCAUUCGCGAGCGGCAUCCGAAUUAAUUAUCCCGUCGUACGCGCGCCGUCGACCAACAGCUCGCGAGCUGAAUCCCAGAACGCACCUAAUAUUGCAUCCCGAAUGCAUGACCCCUCGCUGGUCCAUCACUGGAGCUCCCAGCUAUCGACCAUCGCCUCCGUGUCCGAACGCGAUUCGCGAUCUCUCGCACGAAACUCACGAUCGAUUGGCGCCAGAUCACAUUCACAAGAGAGCUAUGCCGGCAACGGUCGAACGGCGAUUCCCCGCCGGAGAGGACAGACAAUCGGGAGCGCACAAUCAUCGUCGGACAAUGUAUCGUCAGAGGGUCAAACCGAGUUCUCAGUGGCAGUGCCUCGACCACUCUUCUCCCCAACUUCAAGAAGUUCGUCCGAGGACAAUAGCGAGCACAUGGAUACAAUCUCACCGCUGCCGACAUCGAUUCCGUUACGGAUGAAAAACUCUGGGUACCUGCAUAGAACCAACAGCACCGAUGCAGUAUCAAUGAGUGAUUCGCGGCCUGGAUCCUCGCAGUCACACAUGUCCACGUUCCUAGCAAACAAUAUCCCAGCAUGGGCACGCGUCUACUACCAAAAAGGAGAACGCAUAUCAGUUGGCGCUCCCGAGUCCGAGUCUUCUGGUAGCAUACGUUUGGGAACCUCCCACAGCGGGCGAUCACACACUCCUUCGGAGAGCAACUUCCCGCUCAGCAUCUACCGACCACGGAAUCGUCCUCGGAACCGGGCUUCACACGCCGAUACUGUCUCACUAGCCGACGACGUCCACUCCAUCGACGGAGCAGUAUACGCGGUUGGACCCAACAUGUACCCUCUCAGCGGUUACUCAACACCACACCUCCGAACUGAUCAGAGAGGACAGACACGAUACAGCGCAUGGAACGCACCAUCCUUGGAUGCCGACAUUCACACCACACUCUUCGGGCGCCAGAACAGACAAAUCCUACUCUUCUGCAUAGGAUUCAUCUUCCCACCUGCUUGGAUAAUUGCCUCGUUCCUUCCCUUGCCUCUGGACCCCAACACUGUGGGCACCCCCACUGUUAGCCAGGCCGACCUGGAGCAGCAAUUCGCCCAAGCGAUGGGCCCUGCCGACGACAAGUCCUUCCAGAAAGCAACUUGGUGGCGCAACCUCAAUCGCGUCAUGUCUGGAGUAGGGACACUUCUGAUCGGCGUCAUCGUUGCGUUGGCCAUCCUCGCAUCGCGAAUGACAUAA